AUGAUGGCAUUUGAAAAUACUGUUAAACGAUCUGCUCAGGAAGUAAUAACACCAAUGGAUUCUAAAAAACGGAAAGUGGAAUUUGCAAAAGAUGUAAGCUUAUACCCCAUACCAAAUGACAAUGAUGAAGAUAAAAUUAAAAAUGGUGGCGAACUUCAUGAAUUUUCUUCUGCUAUCUAUGCAAGAUUUGUGAAAUCAGCAAAUGACCCUACCCAUAUUAAUGUAAUUGCGGACCAAUUAUCACUUGACAAUAAAAGUACUGAGAAGAUUAAACCAGAUAACUUAAAUAUUCUUUUAGAUACCCUUUCUAGUAACAUCAAUAGAAUUGAUUCCUCUAAAGGGAUCAUAUUGAUUCAAUCUUUAAUAACUUUAAAUAGAUGGUGGGAAUUACCAUCUGUCACAUUAUCUAAGUAUAUACAUUUUAUUAAAAUUCUUUGUUCUAGUAUACCUAAGUGGUGGCAAGAUGUCUCAAUGAAUUUGAUAUCCAAUUUCUCUACUUUGUCAUUGAAGGCUGCGGAUAGUCAUCAUGAAUUGUUAAAUUAUUUUUUAGGUGUGAUACCAAGUUCUUUACAUUUCAUUGAUUCUUAUUUAGUCAGAUUUUUCCCUAAUAAAAACGACACUCGCAAGAGUUUGGUUAAUUAUAUUUCCAAUAUCUUACAUUUGACUAGAUAUUGUAAAGAGUUACGGUUCCAAAUUUGGUCAUUGAUCAUUGAAAAGAUUAUAUCUAUUGAUGUUGAGUUACAAAAUGAAUUAGAUGAAAUGGACGAUGAUAUUGAUAGUGACUUUGAAGAAGGUGAGGAUGAGGAUGAGGAUGAAGAUAUAAACUUAGGGAAUAGUGAAGAUGAAGGCGAAGGUAGUGACGAUAAUGAUGAGUUGGAAGGUGUUGAGGAAUAUAAUGUGGAAAUUAACCAAAAUAUCAAAGAACUGUCUACAAAAUUAGAUGCUAUUUUAACUCUUGUUAGUGAAAAUAUUAGUUCUGAAGUGACGCCGGAAAGUUUAGAGAAUGGUGAAGGUGUAUCAGUUUUCAAUACUUUAACUACAUUGUUUAAGACACAUAUUUUGCCCACUUAUUACACAAGAUCGAUUCAAUAUAUUAUGUUCCAUUUAUCACAACAACAAUUAGAAUUGAUGGAUUCAUUUCUUGUCACUUUAAUUGAUAUAUCAUUUGCAGUCCAUGAGACUUCUGAAAAGAAAAUUAAGUCUUUACAAUAUUUAGGUUCAUACAUUGCGCGUGCUAAGAAACUAUCAAGGACUCAAAUUAUAUUUGUUGCUAGUUAUUUGACUUCGUGGUUAAACAGGUAUGCUAUUGAAAGAGAAGAAGAGGUGGAUCAACCAGGAGGUAUGGAAAGGUUUAAACAUUUCUAUGCAGCAUUUCAAGCACUAUGUUAUAUUUUUUGUUUCAGAAGAAAUAUUUUUAAGGAUUUAGAUGGAAAUUGGGAAUGUGAAUUAGACAAAUUUUUUCAGAGAAUGAUUAUAUCUAAAUUCAAUCCACUGAAAUAUUGUAACGAAAAUGUUAUGUUGAUGUUUGCAAGGAUAGCUCAACAUGAAGAUAUUGCAUAUUGUUUCAGUAUUAUUGAGAAUAAUAAUAAUGAGAGAUUAAGAGGUAUUGUUGGUAAAGCAGGUAGUAACAAAAAUAGUAAAUCAUCUUCCACAGGGACCAAUAGUGGAGCACCAUCAUCAACAACAGUGUGGUCACUUGCUACAAGACAGCAAUUUAUUGAUUUACAAAGUUAUUUCCCAUUUGAUCCACUUUUCUUGAAAGACUAUAAAGAAAUGAUGAAAGAUUACUACAUUGAAUGGAGUGAAGCUAGUGGGGAUCUAGAAAGUGAUCAUGAAUCAGAUGAAUAA